AUGUGGAGUCCCUUGGAGAGGGGUAUGGUUAGCCCGGAAAGGGGAAUCACGACGACAAACAGGGAGAGAAAGCGGAAAUGGGAAUCAAGACGACAAACAGGGAGAGACAGCGGAAAGGGGAAUCACGACGACAAACAGGGAGAGACAGCGGAAAGGGGAAUCACGACGACAACCGGGGAGAGACAGCGAAAAGGGGAAUCACGACGACAAACAGGGAGAGACAGCGAAAGGGGGAAUCACGACGACAAACAGGGAGAGAAAACGGAAAGGGGAAUCAAGACGACAAACAGGGAGAGACAGCGGAAAGGGGAAUCACGACGACAAACAGGGAGAGACAGCGAAAAGGGGAAUCACGACGACAAACAGGGAGAGACAGCGAAAGGGGGAAUCACGACGACAAACAGGGAAAGACAGGGAAAGGAGAAUCACGACGCGAACAUGGAGAGAAAACGGAAAGGGGAAUCAAGACGACAAACAGGGAGAGACAGCAAAAAGGGGAAUCACGACGACGAACAGGGAGAGACAGCGAAAAGGAGGAUCACGACGACAAACAGGCAGAGACAGCGGAAAGGGGAAUCAAGACGACAAACAGGGAGAGACAGCGAAAGGGGAAAUCACGACGACAAACAGGGAAAGACAGCGAAAAGGGGAAUCACGACGACCAACAGGGAGAGACAGCGAAAGGGGAAAUCACGACGACAAACAGGGAGAGAAAACGGAAAGGGGAAUCAAGACGACAAACAGGGAGGGACAGCGAAAAGGAGAAUCACGACGCCAAACAGGCAGAGACAGCGGAAAGGGGAAUCACGACGACAAACAGGGAGAGACAGUGGAAAGGGGAAUCACAACGACAAACAGGGGAGACAGCGAAAAUGGGAAUCACGACGACAAACAGGGAGAGACAGCGAAAAGGAGAAUCACGACGACAAACAGGCAGAGACAGCGGAAAGGGGAAUCACGACGACCAACAGGGAGAGACAGCGAAAGGGGAAAUCACGACGACAAACAGGGAGAGACAGCAAAAAGGGGAAUCACGACGACAAACAGGGAGAGACAGCGAAAAGGCUAAUCACGACGACAAACAGGGACAGACAGCGAAAGGGGAAUCAAGACGACAAACAGGGAGAGACAGUGGAAAGGGGAAUCAAGCUGACAAACAGGGAGAGACAGCAAAAAGGGGAAUCACGACGACGAACAGGGAGAGACAGCGAAAAGGAGAAUCACGACGACAAACAGGCAGAGACAGCAAAAGGGGGAAUCACGACGACAAACAGUGAGAGACAGCGGAAAGGGGAAUCACGACGAAAAACUGGGAGAGACAGCGAAAAGGCUAAUCACGACGACAAACAGGGACAGACAGCGAAAGGGGAAUCAAGACGACAAACAGGGAGAGACAGUGGAAAGGAGAAUCAAGAUGACAAACAGGGAGAGACAGCAAAAAAGGGGAAUCACGACGACGAACAGGGAGAGACAGCGAAAAGGAGAAUCACGACGACAAACAGGGAGAGGCAGCGGAAAGGAGAAUCACGAUGA